UGGGCGGGCGGACGCAAAAGUUUGCGCUUUGACUUGGCUGGGACAGAGGCUGAGCAAGCCGGUUGAGGGACACGCUAUAAGGACCGGGAGUCUGCGACGGCCCGGAGGAGACCCAGGCCACAGCGGCAUCCCGAGCCCGAGAGUGUGGUCUCAGCCGAGGCGACCCCCAGGAUGCUGGCGCCCCGGUGCCCUCUGCGGAUGGAGGAGCCAGCUCCCAGCCUCCUGUUGGAGUCCUGUCUGCGCCUUCCGGGAGCUGCAGCCACAGUCGCGCUCGGGCCUUGACAUGAGCGUUCCCCGGGCGCCCUCUGGUGGCUUGUGCAGCUAACUGUCGGAGUCGAUGGCAGCCACGAUCCCGCCAAUCUCGCCCACCCGGCCUGCCUCGGCCAAUGAGACGCUGCGGAAACAUUACAGCUACGUGGGGAAGCUGGAAGACAGGCUGAAGGACCCCUCCGAGGGCAGCACGCUCACCACUGCCCUCUUCCUGGUGCUCUGCAGCUUCAUCGUCUUGGAGAACCUGAUGGUUCUGAUCGCUAUCUGGAAGAACAAUAAGUUUCACAACCGCAUGUACUUUUUCAUCGGCAACCUGGCUCUGUGCGACCUGCUGGCCGGGGUGCUGUACAAGGUCAACAUUCUGAUGUCGGGUCAGAAGACGUUCAGCCUGUCCCUGACCGUCUGGUUCAUCAGGGAGGGCAGUAUGUUUGUGGCUCUGGGGGCGUCCACCUGCAGUUUGCUGGCCAUUGCCAUCGAGCGCCACCUGACCAUGAUCAAGAUGAGGCCCUAUGAUGCCAACAAGAAGCACCGGGUCUUCCUUCUGAUUGGCAUGUGCUGGCUCAUCGCCUUCUCGCUGGGCGCCUUGCCCAUCCUGGGCUGGAACUGCCUGCAGAACCUGCCCGACUGCUCCACCAUCUUGCCUCUAUACUCCAAGAAGUACAUCGCCUUCUGCAUCAGCAUCUUCACAGCCAUCCUGGUGACCAUCGUGAUCCUGUAUGCCCGCAUCUACUUCCUGGUGAAGUCUAGCAGCCGCAAGGUGGCCAGCCACAACUCCGAGCGGUCCAUGGCCCUGCUGCGGACGGUGGUGAUUGUGGUGAGCGUGUUUAUCGCCUGCUGGUCCCCUCUCUUCAUCCUCUUCCUCAUCGAUGUGGCCUGCAGGGUCAAGCAGUGCUCUGUCCUCUUCCAAGACCGGUGGUUCAUCAUGCUGGCUGUCCUCAACUCUGCCAUGAACCCUGUCAUCUACACGCUGGCCAGCAAGGAGAUGCGGCGCGCCUUCUUCCGUCUGGUCUGCAACUGCCUGGUCAAGGGCCCAGGGGCUCACGCCUCGCCCAUGCAGCCUGCUCUAGACCCAAGCAAGAGCAAAUCUAGCAGCAGCAACAGCAGCCACUCCCCGAAGAUCAAGGAAGACCUUCCCCCUGCGGCCACCUCAUCUUGCACCAUUGACAGAAACCGAAUCCUUCAGAAUGGGGUGCUCUGCAAGUGAGCCCCUCCCGGCGGCCCGCCCUGCAGCCACGCGCUUAUUUAUUGCACGCACGUCUUGAUUCAGUGUGGACCUUCCAAGAGCUGUGACUCAGGAGAUCUAUUUGACAUUGCCUGACAGCCUGGCCAGUGUGGACGUCUCCCGAGGAGAGGACCAAGGAACUGUCAAGCCAUUUCAAUGCAGACAACGUGCCUUGUCCAUUUUCAGAGUCUUCUGAAUGUCUUAAGCUGCUUACAUCAUCCGCCACCUUCCUUUGGAUUCUGGCUACCACUUUCCAUGGUUCACAGAGGGGGAAGGUGACAGGCCUCAUGGUAGUCUCCGUGGGCCUCUGGGUGAUGUUUUGAUGACUUAACACUACCAGUGAUUGUGCGUAGGAAUUGUAUAUUCAUCGGUUUCUGUGUCGCAUGGAAUGUGUGUGCCAUGAAUUGGCCAUAUGGUGCCUACGGUCUCAGCACCCCAUGCAGUUAUGUAACUGGUCCUGUAAAUGUGUUCAAACUACAUCACCAGGCCCGAGGACUUGUGCCCCCAGGCCCUUGGACUGAUAGGAGGUCUGCUGGAAAGCACAUUUGUAAAGCCCAGGUGUAUGGUCUGACCCAGCCAGCCCUGUGUUCCUCCUGUCCUGUGUCUUGUCAUUUUAAGCACAUCCAGAAGCCAGAUCAUGUGAUUGUGAAAGCCAGCUGAGCUCUCCCAGGGCCUGUGUGUCUUCCCACCAACCACAAAAGGAGCCUGCAAAUGUGAGGCAAGGGUUCACCUUGGGAGUCACAGAGUUUCCACCCCAACAGAAGGUUUACAAAACAGCCCUUCUGAUUCUUUGUCAAGUUCGGUUCUUACCAGAAAAGCGCAGAGUCAGGAACCACUCAUACUGACGUCACCACCCAGUAGCUGGGGCCAUCAGCAAAGUCCCCAGCAUCUUGAGAGCAAACACUGAUCAUGCAUACCACUGCUGUGCUGUGUUCUUUGUGAAAACAACCUUGGAAAGGGUGAACCUCGCACCAGAGCUCCCUAAAGGUUUAGGUUCAGUGAGAAUUUUGCCUUAUUAAUACCUAAAAGAGCAGUCUUAACACAUGAAUGACUUUUUGUAAGAGAAAGUGAUUCCUCGAUGUACCCGAUGUAAGCGGCUGUUACCCAGGGGUGUUUCCAUGAGUCCUGGGUAACCUCUGCAUCCUGACCAAAGACUUUCCUCAUUUGCAUUCCUGAUGAGAUAGAACCUGUUGGUAAGGAGAUGUUCCUUAGGGACAUGUAUUGUUGCGUUCUGUAUAUCACUAAAAAGUUGUGUGUUCUCUCAGCCGAUAGCAUGAGAAGACCUAAGGCAUUUCUAGGAAAAAAAAAAUCAAGGGUGUGAGGGAGGCCACAUGCAUUUUCACCUAGGAAGUGAAGUGAUUUUAAAAGUUCAUCGGUCAUAGUUUUGAGUUACUUUGGAAGCCUCAGCUCUCUGUGUCACUAAUUCUCAUUACACCUUGUUCCAUUAUCCAGACUUCUCCGAUGCCUUUGUGUGUUGGUUUUCACUCAUUAACCCUUCUAGAAGCCAUUUCCACUGUUUCUGCUGGGAGGUAUUCAUGUGUGUGGUAUGUCAAUAAGGUGCCUUGGAGAUAACACAAAGCUUUUAAGCAAUCUGAACUUCAAAUACACGAAGAAAGUAAUUGUGAUCAUUGAUUUAGGCAAAAACCCAUCACCUCUGACACCAUUCACAGGCGCACCCCUAACCAGUGACUUGCGGGUCAUUUAGCAGUGGAGCUGUCCCGGCUCUUGCCAUGAAAGUUGGAGUCUGAUGAUCUUAUGCGCCACACAGAAUUUAUGUGUUCGAUCUCACUGCAGUUAGUAGCCUUUACUCUUUCCAAUGUGUUUGUUUAAAAAUAAAAAUCCAGUGUAUAUUUGUUUAAAAAAUAAAACCAAAAGCCGUUAUGUAAA